UCUCUUAAAUAAGUUGCCUGGAUUGCAGAGUAUUGCGAAAUGAGGAAAGGAUUGCAUCCUCAACUGCAAUGGAUGUCAUAUGUAACCCAGAGUGGGAGGUUGAUGCAUGUCAUGAUGACCAGAAUUCACAAAGUUGGUAAAGUCUACCAUUUCAGGGCCAGGCGCCAGAUGGCCCAAAGUUUAGGCCAGGUUGCUAAGUUCAAUCGUCGCUACGGUCUGAAAACUGAAGAGAACGAAGCAAAAUGAUCUUUAAGAUACAAAUUUCAAAGAUGAGAUUGCAGAUUUUUGGGUUUUAGUUAUCAUGUUUUUCUCUCCUCAUAGUCAUGGAUAUCUUUAUUGCAAUAAUUUUUGAGAACUUUGUAGCAGUUCAGAUAUUUUAAGUUCACCAGUCUGGUGCAUAACUUCAACAAGUUUUUUUUGUUCUCUG